GAAUUAAUUAGAACAAAACAUCUAGCUGAUGAUAAUUUUAUUUCCCUGCAGAUCCUUGGAGCGGUGAUCCUUGGUUUCGGAAUAUGGAUCCUCGUGGACAAGACCAGCUUCAUAGCUGUUCUACAGAGCUCGUCUCAUUCGAUAAAUGUCGGCUCCUACAUCCUGAUCGCCAUCGGAGGGGUGACAAUGGUCAUGGGAUUCUUGGGCUGUGUCGGAGCUGUGAAUGAAAUCCGAUGUCUCUUGGCACUGUAUUUCAUCUUUUUGCUGAUCAUACUGAUUGCCCAGGUGGCUGUUGGCGUCUUCAUUUACUUCCAGAGAGAUCAGCUUAAAAAUGAGAUGUCCACCAUCAUUGACGAGCUGAUUGUGACCUACAACCCGGAGGACAAUGUGAACAGCAAUGCGGAGAUCACAUGGGACUAUAUCCAGCACACUCUCCAGUGUUGCGGCUGGAAAGGUUACCAGAACUGGACCAAGAACCCGAGCGUGAGCAACCACACGGACACCUUCCCCUGUUCUUGUGUUCAGAAUUCCAACAGCUCAUACGGUUUCUGUAACGCCACCGCAUCAAACUUGUAUCAGAGUGGCUGCGAGAACCAAGUGGAGAGCUGGCUGAAGGACAACCUGGGGAUCAUCCUGGGCGUGUGCGUGGCAGUCGCCGUUAUUGAGCUUAUGGGCUUGAUCCUUUCCAUGUGCCUCUGCCGAAAAAUUCAAAAUGAAGAUUACACCAAAGUACCAAAAUACUGA